UUAGUGUCAUUAUUAAGUUGUGUACGGUAUUAUCGUGUGUUUCUGUUGGCAAUAAUACUACUAAAUCUAGUGUGUUGGCGGGGAUUGUAAAGUAUCCACAAAUAUGUGUAUAGCUGGGACAGCGACCGGUUUUGUCAGUCACCGAUGAAGUAGUGGUGUGCUGUUUUUCUGUGUCCGGUACACGUUUGCGUCUCGUGUUCGCUUAAGACGCUGUUUUUCAAGAUGACGUAAAAAAUUUUGAGUACAUCAUUAUUUUUCUUGAAAAAUUCACACGUUGUCUAUUUUUGUUUUCUCACGGAUAUUAUGGCGCGUGACGUUGUAGUGCAUGACGUGGACAUGCCAUCCCUAGAGUACGAUGAUGAAGAAACUGCAUUUAUUGGCACCGAGACACCCAGUUUUGAUGCAGAUGAUGCAGCUCUUGGCAGUACAUUCGUUAUUGUUGAUGAGGAUACUGUAUCUGAUCCAGACGAUGAGGACUCCAUUGCUUCUUUUGCGCCUUCCCCGCUGAAAAUUAACCAUUCACCAGAAUUACCUUUUACAUCGAGUCGCACUAAAUUCCUUGAUAAAAUUAAAGAACAUAAGAGUUAUCAAAAACUAGCAAGAAUGAUGAAGAAAAAAGGCGAAGAACCACCAGUAAUUAUGUCACCUGAUUCUGGCAUUAACGAACUUCAAGGCUUGAGUCUCGAGGAACAAGAAAAACAAAAAGAAGAAUGGCAACAAGAAUUAAAUAAAGUUGAAGAAGAAAUUAAAACAUUACGUGAAGUGCUUGGUUCUAAAGUGAAAGCUUCUCAAGAACUUCGUAGGAAACUUGGUUAUACUGUAUGGCAAGAACUUACUGAUGAUGUUUCACAAAGUUUAAAAAAUGUUAAAGAAUCUAAUGUCUAUCAAAAUGUAGAAGAAAAAUUUAGUCAAUUUGGGAAGGCUGUUGUUGACGCACCAAUAUUCAACUUUUCUUUACCAGAUUCAAGUGACAUGCGUACCCCCACCAGGAAUAUGGUUCUAAAACACUGUUAUCAAAAUGUAGAAGGCAAAUUUAAACAGUUUGGAUCUGCAGUUGUUGAAACACCUAUUUACCAAAAAACUGAAUCAGUUGUUAAAACUACUGCAGAAAAAGCGACUACAAUAUUUGGAGGUAUUGGUAGUGGUCUGACAUCCAAAUUAGGUCAGAUAAAAAAUUCAGAGUCAUUCCGUUCAUUUGAAGAAAAAGUUGGUUCUGCAUUAGAAAAUGUCAAGACAAAAGUGUCUUCAAGAUCUAAUUCUAUGCAAAACUUUGAUGAAAUAUUGGAAGAAGAAACUAGGAUAGCUAAUGAAGAAAAGCGUUUACGAGAAGAACGAGAGGCAGCCAAUAAAUAAUACAAAUAUUUUUUCAAUACUUGAUAUUUAUUAAAAUUAUUUAUGUGCAAAUUUCAUUUUACAAAUAAUUUUUAUGCAGUUCAAAAAUAAUUUUCUCUCUCUCCUAAGAUUUAAUCUCUUAGUUAAGUGUAAUAUUAUUUAAAAAAUAUAUAUUUUACAAUUAAUAUUGCAAAUA